CAUGUCAUCUCGCUGCAACGUUAGGUGGCAAUCAAAGACAGUCGACAUCAGCCCUUAUUUGGCCAGGGGACGUUAUCGGUUUCAACCAUCCGUUGGUUGGAGGGUUUCGGAGGGUUCGGGUGGAGUCCAAUCAUAUAUACUCUGGACGUCCUCGCAGCACCAGCUUGAUCACCAUGGAGAGUAACCAGCCAGGUGGAGCCUCAGGCCCUCAGGGGGGGCGUGGACAUCAUUUCAAAGUGCAAUUCAGCCACAAAGACAUCAAAUACACUGUUGAUUGUGAUCCACCUUGCACAGUGCUGGAGGGAAUACAAACAAAACAGAAAUACAAACAGCUGAAUUAUCCAGAGAAAAACCUUGUCAUUCAGAUGGGAAAAGGAGGUGAUUAUAUCGUUGCAACUCAUUUCCCUUCCUCUUGUGUCCCCCGUGGUGAGGUUCUGACCAUAUCAUGUGAAUCUGAAAUGGUUGAAGAUGCCAAAAUCCAACCUGCCACAGCAAUACAUUCAAGAGACAGAUACUCUGUUUUCUACAUUGAUACAGUCGGAGGAAAAAACGCCAAAACAAAGAAGCUUUUUAGAAGUAAUGCUGUCAAAAAGUUCAAGUAUCUAGGUGUUUAUGGGGAGAAGGGGAUGACGGUGGAAGAGGCUCUGCAAAGAGACGGUCGCUUCAGUGAUGAUCUCUGUAACUUCACUUUGUCUGACAAUGAAAAUCCUGACUGCCUCACUGAACCUGUAGACAAUGUUGAUGGCUUAAAUGGAAACAAAUUCAAGAUAUGUCUUCCACGGAAGAAGAGAUCAAAUGAUAAAAAACAGCAGGAAAACACAGAUGAAUCAAAUAAUCCACAGAACGGGUGCCUUACAAGAUCAACACCUGUCCAAAGUGAAGCACAUCAGAGAGGAAAAGGUGCGAGGGCAGAAAAGAAAAAAGUAGACCGCAGCAUUGACAAUGAGGAGAUACUGCGUAAGCAGCUUCCAGCUCUGAAAGAACUGAUGCAGAGCAGAUUCCCUGGUGAUUCUUACCAGAAAGCAGUAGAGCUGAGGAAGGAAGACUUUGGUAAGAUCCAGAAGUCGUUUAGUGAAGUGCACAGAGUGAGGAAGCUGCUGGAACUGGGAAGGUCAGUCUGCAAAGUGAUUGUUAAGGAUGUACGAGAAGGUUCAGGCUUUGUGUUGUUUGACAACUUCAUCUUGACUAACGCACAUCUAUUUAAAGAUUGUGUUGAAGGAGAAACACUGAAGAAGGGUGUGGAGGUGUUUGUUCUCUUCGACUAUGACGAUCCUGAGCCAGACACAAACUAUUACUACUUCCAGCAAGCUAACUCUUACAUCUGCUUCAAAGAGGAUGAUCUUGACUAUGCUGUACUUCAGCUCAACACUGAGGGUCAGAGGGUGUCCAAACAUAAAACCCAAACAGAGAAAAUUAAGAUACCACCAGGGCUCCUGAAGGACGUUGGUCCAAUGCCUCAGAAUGGUGAAGCCUGUCUUAUCGGUCAUCCGGGAGGAGAAGUGAAAAAAAUGGAUCCCACAUGUAUCAUUGAGAAAGAGAAGAGGGGGCAGGCUGUCUAUGAUAAUGUACAUCCAUACAGAGACAGUCUUUUCAUUCUGCACUCAAUCAGUCACCUCAUCAGAGAGCAGGGCAUUGAAAACAUCAUGAUUGGUGGGAAAUUGGCAGAAAAAAGGUCAACCUACAACACUUUCAUGUACCAUGGCUCCUCAGGCUGUCCAGUGUUUGAUGCUCAGUGCAAAGUCUUUGGUUUGCACACUGGAGGAUACGUCUAUGGGUUUCCAAAACAUGAGGAGAGUGUGAUAGAGUUCGCCCAACCACUGUGUACUAUACUGAAACACUUUGUGAAUAUGCUUAGAACAAAGGGACCUGAAGACUUGUUAAAGAGAUUUGAGGAGGCAGCAAAGGGAAACUCAGAAAUACAAAAAGUCCUGAAGACUGUAUCUGAAGCAUAGGUAGUCAAAGUUGAGUCAACUGCUGAGACUCUUCUGAACCAAUGCACACUGAUUAAAUAUUCAGAGGCUCAUCAGACAAGUGUGGAAACCCAUUUGGCUGCACAGGUUGUUGUUUCUAGUUCAUGAAAUCAUUAUUAUCCCAGUGACCAAGUCAUUUUAUUUCAUUACUUCAAAUGUAAAUACUUUAAAGUAUUUUAUGGGGCAGUGAGCUGGAUGCCAGCAUGCUUGUUGUUUACUGUAAUUAUAAUCAUUCACUGUGGUGGGUAUAGUUUUUUAUUUUCACAGCAAAACAUCUUGAACCCCAUCACACUGAACAAAGACCCCACUAAUGCCCACUAACAUCUGGCAUUGGUCUACAAUGUGGGCGUGUGAGGGCAUUUACCAGCUCCAGCUCUGAUUGGCUCUUCCCCUUUUUCAGAUGCAAAGAAGUGAAAGAUAUUUAAGAAAGUAACCACGUUACAGUCUCAGUGUCAGUUCUGUGCUACUACACGAGCACUGUAGGCUGCCUGACUGGUACUGUGCAUGUGCAACUCUCAACAGGGAUCAGAUAGAAUGGAUCACUCCCUGAGCAACGUCCAACAUCGGCUUCAGAAAAAAAACAAUGUGUCUUAUUCAGAAUGUUUUUGAGACUCUGUGAAUCAAGUUUAAUGUCCUCUGGAUGUCGUCUAUGAUCGGAUGCUUUCCUUGUCUUAAGUGUGAUAGUGUUUCUACUGUUAGCGUUACUUUUGGGUUUUUUUGUAGACAAGCUAAUUUCAGUGUAAAAAUGUUUUUUGUUGCUUUUAUUGCAUUGCUCCUGUAGUCCAGCCUUCCUUAAGAAGCUGGUCUACUAUUAUCUCAACAAUCUGCUGUUAACUUUUGUUUUGUAACUUGGUUUAGAUUAUAAGUGAAACUAUCUGGACUGGGCCGGACACAGUUCUAAAACUGAUUCUGUGCUUUCAAAGUCAGUAAUUUUAUGUUAGACACUCUAGAUUUAGGGGUUCUGUUUUCACUGUUUAGGAUUAGAUGGUGAGGCUUUACUUUCAGAUUUGUUUUGUGAUAUUUGUUUUAAGAAUAGUUUUUGGUCCUCUUUUGGUCUUGGUUUCAUGUCUUUGUUUUAACAGCACCAGUUAACUCUUUCUUUUGUAGUUUUGCCUCACCUCAUUGUGUUUGUGACUCCUAUGAAUUAAUGUUUGU